AUGAGUCAAUCGCUGUCUGUGCCUUCGUAUUUUGACGGAAGCAACUAUGUCUAUUGGAAGGAUGAAUUGGCUGAAUGCAACUGGAAUAGUAAAGGUCUCCAUGCAUUAUUUAUGUCUGUGUCUCUUGAAGAGUUUAGGAGAGUGUCAAUGUACGAAACUGCUAAAGAGGUAUGGUACAUUCUAGAGACAACGCAUAAGGGAACUAAAACUGUGAAAAAUUCUAAGUUUUUCAACCUAGGUAAGAGGAUUCCCGAGUCCAAAAUUGUGAGGAAGGUUCUUAGGUCCUUGCCCGAGAGAUUUAGACCUAAAGUUACAGCUAUUGAAGAAAGAAAGGACCUGGACACAGUUAAAAUAGAAGAACUCGUAGGAUCCCUUCAAAUCGAUGAACUCACCAUUUCAUUACCGAGGAAAAACAAGUCCAUAGCCUUGAACACUGUUAGGGAAGAAAAGUCUGAGUCAUCUGACGUAGAAACUCUUAGAGAUGAGGAGAUUGCCUACUUUGUGAAGAAAUUUCAGAAAGUCUUAAAGGGCAAGAAAUGGUCCCAAGAGAAAAAGAGAGGAGCCCCUAGUAAAUUAGAAAGAGAGAAGAAUGAUAAAUCAACUGCUAGGAAUCCUGGUAAGAAAUCUCAAGUGGUUAGGUGUCAUGAGUGUCAGGGAUUUGGGCACUAUAGGAAUAAAUGUCCUAGUUUUAAGAACAAUCUAAAGAAGGGAAGGAGCAAGGCAUUAGCUGUGUCCUUGACUGAUGAUGAUUCUAACUCAAGUGAACAAAGUGAUUCUUCAAGCAGUGAAGAGGAAAAGGGCUAUAUGGCUUUUGUAUCUAUUGUCAAGAGCGAGUCAGAUAAGGAGAGUGAGAAGGUUGAGGAGGAGGUAGAGAGUAACAAGUCCGGUGAUGAUUCUAAGGAUGAGACGGAUAUACAUGAGGCUUAUCAACUUCUGUUUAAGGAAAGUCUCAAGAUCCAAAAGGUAAAUAAAGCCCUAUUUAAGAGGGUAGACGAGCUUGAGAGAGAGAAGGAGAAAAUCACUAAUGAUCUUCAAAUCUCAUCUAAGAAUCUUAGUGAGUUGAAGUGUGUAAAUGAAAAAUUAGAGGAUAGGGUUAAGACAUUAACUUGUGAGUUAGAGAAAUCCAUUACUCAACUGCAGUCAUUUGUGAGUGGAACUAAGAAACUAGACGAUCUGUUAGGAAUGAACAAAUCAGCUGGAAAUAGGCAAGGUCUAGGAUUUGUGAAGAGUGAUGGCAAAGUGUCUAGUUUGUCCAAGACCACAUUUCUCCCCGCUUCCAACAGAUCUAAUAUUUCAACCAAUCCAAAAUCCAAAGACAAGAAUUUCACUGGACUGAAGGCCAUUAGAGCCCAUAAGAUUUCUACACCUAAAUUUCAGGAUCAACAUUCACGUGCAUCUGAACCUAGGUUCAUACCCACUUGUCAUCACUGUGGUGCUUUAGGUCACACGAGACCUAGAUAUCGAAAGCUAGCAAAUAGGAAUAGAAGUCAGAAUAUCCCUAGUCAAGUAAACUUCCUUUCAAAUCAGGUUAGUCACUUAACUGAGAUGUUUGUUGCUCAUGGAGCAUAUAAGACUCAAAAUACAUGCAUGUGGUAUCUUGAUAGUGCUUGUUCUAAACACAUGUGUGGUAACAAGGCCUUAUUCUCUACUUUUGAUGACUGCAACAGUGGUGUAGUUACCUUUGGGGACGGAGCUACGGCACCCAUUCGAGGUAAAGGCUCCAUCACCAUUUCUGGACUUCCUACAAUAUCUAAUGUGCUUUACGUAGAGGGUCUUAAGUCCAACUUGUUGAGUAUUAGUCAAAUCUGUGAUGCUGACUAUGAAGUGAGUUUUGUCCAAAAGAGAUGCACUGUUUAUAACCCUUCAGGUGGUAUUGUUCUUAAAGGUGUUAGAACAUUUGAUAACUGUUAUGGAGUUCUCCCAAACUCGAACUAUGUUUGCAGUAGUGCUAAAAUUGAUAUGUCUGAACUUUGGCAUCAAAGGCUCGAUCAUGUUAAUUACAGAAGUCUGUCUAAAUUGGUCAAAAAGAAGAUUGUUGAUGGCUUACCUAAGAUUGAUCAAAGUGAAAAUGCUGUGUGCAAGCCAUACACCUGGAUUGAACCGUUAAGAGAAAAAUCUGAGAAGGGUGAUCUGGUUAAGUCUUUAUGUAAAAGACUCAGAAUUGAACAAAAUCUUUCCAUUUCUAGGGUUCGAAGUGAUCAUGAGAAAGAAUUUGAAAACUUCAAUCUAGAAAACUUCUGUUUGGAGGAGGGGAUUAAUCAUGAGUUCUCCUCACCAAUCACUCUACAGCAAAAUGGAGUUGUUGAGAGGAAGAAUAUAGUGCUUCAAGAAAUGGCUAAGGACAUGCUUCACGGCAAGGAUCUAGCCAUGCAUUUCUGGGGUGAAGCCAUUAACACCACCAAGUGUUACAUUCUGAGGGAUAGAGAAAAUUUAGGCAAGUUUGAUUCCAAAAGUGAUGAUGGGGUUUUUCUAGGAUAUUCUAAGAAUGGUAGAGCCUACCGAGUUUACAACUUGCGUACUCAGAGUGUCUUGAAAUCUGUAAUUGUUGUUAUUGAUGACGCCUUUACCAAGGGAGAGAGUGCUGAAAAUGAGGUUGACAUAGAAGAUUUAAGUGAUGAUCAAGGAGCCACUGCUGAAAAUAAAGAGCAAUCAAUUCCAAAAUCUCCACGCUCCUUUGAAAACAUCUCUGAUUAG